CCACCAACACCACUGCUCAUUUUCCUUCCUUUUUUCAAAGAACAAAACCACAAGCAACAGCACAACAAACACUGCCCACCAUACCAUUAUUAUGCCGUCUUCGUCGUCCAAGAAGAAACGAGUGCUGUCGGCGUUUGACCAUGUGGAGAGUUUGGAAUCGGAAGAUCGUGUGGCAGCCAAACUGCGCAAGAAACGCAGCGACAAGGAUGUUUCCCGUGCCAAAGCCGCCAAGAGUCAAACCAAAAUCUACAGUCAUCUCGUGGAAACACGGAUUUUGGUGCAACGGAAUUUGCAGCAAGCGACUACUAGUACUAACGAGGAUGAUUCUGUGCCAACGGAAUGCGAUCAAUUGCUGGAGCAGUUGUUGACGGCACGACGUACACUCAUGGGGUGGGAGAGAAAAGAGGAUGAUGAUUCGGACGAAACGUUGCAAUCGGAAUACGAGAUUUGCCGGGAUGGUUGGAAAGAAGUUCUGAAUCGCCGUCAUCAGGAUUUGAGGUUGCAUUCUGGAUUGGCGAGUGCAUCGCAGCAGUUCAAAGUCAUGGAUUCGUCCUUUUGGCAACAAGUCGAAGCUACCGUGGCACACGACGAAAUUCGACAACAAACAACAACAACAAGUAGUAGUACCGACUUUGACGAUUCCAAAGUCUAUCAACAAAUGCUCAAAGAGUUUGUCGUGGCCAAUAAUAAUAAUAACGACAAUGACAACGACACGAAUCAGCGAUGGAAGACUCAAAACAAGAAGAACCAAGUCGAUCGAAAGGCCAGCAAAGGACGAAAGAUCCGUUACGUGGAGAUCCCCAAGUUGGUCAACUUUUGUUUCCCCGUCUCCAAGAGCAAACAGUUCUGCAAGACCAAUCUCACCGAUGACGAAUGGUUUGGGUCACUCUUUGGGGGGGCUUGGAAUAGUAACAACAACAACAAUACGAAGAAACAAGACAACUAAGAGACGACAAUUCUGCCUACAAACGUUGAUUCGAUCAGGUAUGGAUCCAUCCGACACUGACACGAACUGCAGUGUCACUGUAAUUGCAUUUGUCAAGUGCGACAGCCUGUCACUUUCUUCUGUGAGUAGACUAAGAUAAGAGUCUCGCCUCCAAACGCACAAAUGAAUGAUUCGAUUCAAAUAAUGAACGUUGCCGCCCAAUGUAUACUAGCAUCAAACACUAAGAUCAAUAGCAUUCGUCAUUUACUGAAUGUGUUUUUAAAUUUCCAAGGUGCGAUCGGCACUAUAACACACCACAUCAAAUUGGUUUUUUGGAUCAGUUCUAGCUAGUUGGUAUCUCAAUCACCCAUGGUUAAAUACAAAUUGGUACAUACACCGAAGCAACUGGCAUGGUUGAAUGCGCCAAAG